AUGUCUGACCUACUAACUACCUCGCUCCCUGUUGAAUUGGCGCAAGGUGGAGCUAUCCCAACACCAUCAAACGCCGCUACCCCUCCAACGUCGAAACCCGAUUGCAACCCCUCAGCUCCAGCCACACAACCCAAGCCCGACACUACUCCUGCGCCUCCCUCGUCUAAUCCUUCUCCAGCCCCCGCCCCAACCCCAGUAGUCGCUCCAGGGCCAGUGCCACCAGUCGUGCGCAAGAUGCCCGAUUUCCCUCCUUGGGUUGACAACUCCAAGAUGACCCUGACGCCAUGGAAGAAGGAUUCACUGACAAUCUUGCUAAUCGGAGAGACUGGCGUCGGCAAGACUGCGUUCAUGGAUCUUCUUGCCAACGUCUGUGCCGGACGCGUGAUGGAGGACUUCAAAGUUGAGCAUAAGAAGGACAACGAAGCUGGGGGUAACGGAUCUGGAAGUCAAACUAACAAGCCGAAGCUUUAUCACAUUAAAUGUGCGAACGGGUAUAUGGUGCAUGUUUUGGAUACCCCUGGCCUGGCGGACACUCGAGGGACUGACUUCGACGACGCUCACAAAGCCGCCAUCGCAGAAACUAUCAAGGACCAGAUAGAAACGAUCGAUUGCGUCCUGAUUCUGGCGAAUGGCACGCAAGAACGAUUGCCCAUACCUACCAAAUACGCGAUCACGGUCAUCUCGGGGAUGUUCCCCAGCUCCAUCGUUGACAAUAUGGCCUUCAUCUUUACCAUGGUCGCCAAUUCCCUUCAGUUCAACUUCAAGCGGGACGGCCUUGACGUUGCUGUCCGCAAGACGAAGUUCUGGGCAAUCGACAACCCCCUCGCUGGUUGGGUGAAAUACCAGAAAAGCUUAAACGAUGAGGAGCCGCCCGAGGAUUUUAUUUUGGAAGACAUGCGCGAGACCGUCCACGCAACUUACGCGAAGACCAUGAAAACUUUGAAUAGUUUCUUCAAAUGGGUGGAUGAAAGGAAAGUGCAGCCAGUCAAGGAGAUCAACGAUCUGUACAACAUGUCGAACAAGAUCGAGGCCUCUAUUUCCGACGUCCUUGCUCGUAUCACUCAAACGGAAGCGCAGAAGACAGAGCUCAUCAAACUCCAAAACGAGAUGGAAACCCAGAAGCAAAUCAAGAAGAUCAACGUGAACUACACGACCAUCAUCAACAAGCCUUUCCAUGUCCACGAGGGGACAGGGGAAGUUCACAAUACCCUUUGCUGCGCUUCCGAAUGCUACCACAAUUGCCACGAGAAUUGCAACGUCUCGUUCACCUUGGACCGAGAUAAGCUCGGACGGGAUUGCAAUGCCUUCUGGAAGCAGCGCGUCGGUCCGGACGGCGGCUACAUCUGCGACGAAUGUGGCCAUUCUUCGAAACUCCAUCAGCAUUAUCGCGACAAGUGGGUGGUGAAGGAGAACAUAGAGACGACCGAGGAUAAGAUUGCGAAAGAGAAGUUCCUGGCAGCUAGUUCUGAAGAGGAUCGUAUCUUGGUCAUGAAGCAAAAUAUCGAUGAGAAGCUCAAGAAAUUAGAGAUCAGCAUGGCCGACGACGAAGAUCAGCUUAGUUCUAUUUGUUCGGAAUACAACAAGCUGGCGCUGUCAGGGAGCUUCGUUGGAUAUAUCUCGCAGGCCAUUCUAUUGCUGCAGAUGCACGAGAAGAAGAUGACGGAGGAAGGGGCUCCUGCGGACGCACUCGCUCGAAUGGCAGAACGAAUCAAGUCGUUGCAGAAGAGGCGGGAUGUCGUAGAGCAGGCGAUGAGGGAUAAGAAGGCGAAGAAUGGAGUCGUCGGGUACAUCAAAGACAAACUGAACUCUGCUAAAGAGGCCUUUAUGGGUUGA